GCUGCCGCCAUCUCGCGGUCAUUGCGGCGAAACACCAGCCUGAGUCUCGCCGUACCAUUGGCGCAGCUCGGCCAAUCGUGACGUUGGCGCUGCUUUACGCGGGAAAGCCUCCGUCGCAGCGGCCGCCAUAUUGAUGAGUGAGCUUUGAAUCGGAACGGUCAGCGUCCUUUUCAAAAAUGGACAGCGGGAAGUUUGAGGAGGAUCUCGGCGGGUUUAUCGGACGACGCGCACAAGUAUCCAGCGACAGUGAUACGAUGGAUUUCGAGAGCGUUGAUCUUGGUAGCGAAAUCGAUACGAUGUUGCGGAACAUUAAUUAUUACAAGUCGAAAUUGCAAAGCUGUCGCGAAAAGUACGAGAACGUGGAGACUGAGAUCUCCAACGUGAGGCGGUCGCAGCACAAGACGCAGCGAAAGUUGCAUCACGCGCGCAUGGAAGAACAAAAUCUGCGGGAGCUUUUUGAAAAGAUACAUCUGGAUCACGAAGCGUGCGUGAAGAAAUCAGACGGCUACAAGGAUCUGGACGAGAGGAUCCACGCGACAAUCAGCGAAUUGACAACACAAAGAAGCGCGUUGAUGCAGGAACUGGCGCAACUGAAAAAAAACACCGAGGACAACUGCAGGAAGCUCAGCCGGGUGAACGCUAUGAUCACGGAGCAAGAGGAGAAGAAUGAGGUGCUGCUUCGAAAAUUGAUGAAAGAAUCGGAGAACUCGCUCAUCCCGCAAAACAUGCAAUGGCGGAUAAACGCUUUUCUGGAACAUUUGAAGAGGGACGAAGGGCACAUCGCCACUGCCAACGAUACAAUGGAAUAGACGCGUAUCUGACCUCAGUUUAACAGAACACAGUUAU